GGAAGAACUAACAUAACAUAAUCCAGAACGAACAAGAAAAAGAAUGAGACAAGCUCCCCAACCGAUACCAGUGUUUCGUCAUGACUUUAUAAUCACCAAGAACUUCUCGAGGGAGGUCAUUCGAACCGUCAUUCAUGCGAUCCUCUUCCAUCGAGUCUUUGGUUCCGUCCAGCCGAAAGAAGUCGAAGUCUUAGGAAUCACAUUCCCUCAGGUGGUCGAAUCUGAAAUCGAAGACCUCGUCAACCAACGCACCGAACGAGCAGUUGUGGCCUUAGAGCACAAGACUCCUUCAAUAUUGUUAUCGAUCAGAUUCCUAGAGACCCGAUUGAAUCCGAACAACAAGGAUGACAAAUCUUGGUUCAAAUCUAGUUCGUCAUCGCCUAGCAAGCACCAUCAACAAGAAGAACAAGAAGAAAAAACAGUAGAGGAGGAUGGCUUGGUUUGGGAGAAGUGGGAGAUCGGCUUUAAGAUCCAUUCGAUCCCAAACUCUUAUCCUUCCUCCUCUCUUAAGAAUACCGGCCACCAUCUGUUAUUCAAUCCGAUUGGCUAUCUGAGUGCCAAGUCCGAUAAGUCUUCCGACCACUUGGAGUCUUACAGGUCUAUCCAACAUCAACUCAACCAAUUCCUGACUCGAUUAAUCGAUUUUGUCUUGAACGAACGGGAUCAUGUGCCGGCCAUCACCAACUCUGAUCUACUCCCAUUUCCGGUUGAUAUUUCAAUUUUACCCGCGUCGCAUGGUUGAUGCACUUGAUAUCAUCUUUAACAAACUUCUCUUUACCGUCUUGUUGUUUAAGUAGAGCAUAAAUAAAGCAAUGUAACUAAUUAAUACGUA